ACAAACACACAACAAAGGUGCAAUGGAGGAUAUCGAAGGAAUGGUGUUAUUGACCCUCGGCAUGUGGCUGUUUUUCACAGCUAGACGACAAACUUUGUUUGAAAAGAGGCUGACGGCAGCAAGACAAAAUACAGCUAAAAAAAACAGAAGAGUUUGGGAAAUCAUACACCAAAGCGCAGACGAGGACAUCACUGUGUUAGCUCAAAGACGACGCACGAGGGUCUUUCAGUUUUUGCAAAGUCGCCGCCACAGUCCGUCUGUCUGGGCCUUCAGCCGAGCUUCUGAAUGGUGGGAUGUGAUUGUUCCCGGUUUCUCAAACGCUCAGUGGGUGGAGAACUUUAGAAUGUCCGAAGAAACAUUAACCUACCUGUGCAACAAACUGCGUCCAGCGAUGGAGAGACAGGACACAAACUUCCGCGUGUGUGUACCUUUAAAGAAGAGAGUGGCCAUCGCAUUGUGGAAGCUUGCGACCGGCUCUGAGUACAGAAGUGUUGGGCAUCUUUUCGGAGUAAGCAUAACAACUGUGUGCCGGUGUGUUCAGGAGUUCUGCGCUGCAGCAGAGACGUUGUUGGUACCGGAACAAAUUAGUUUUCCAGAUCAGGAGAAGUUUAAAGAAAUGGCUGCCUACAUUGAGAACAGGUGGGGGCUCCCACAGUGUAUUGGUGCUAUUGAUGGAUCACACAUACCCAUCAUAGCACCACAGAACUAUCACUGUGACUCUUUCAACAGUAAAGGCUGGCACUCCAUUCUUCAAGGUGUUGUCGAUGGAAAGGGACUUUUCUGGAAUGUUUUCACAGGACUGCCUGGAAGCCUGCAUGAUGCUCGUGUUUUGAGACCGUCCACACUGUGGGAGUUUGCAAGCAGUGGAAACCACAUACCAGCUUACACCAGGAACAUUGGUGGGGUGAAUGUUGGCUACUACAUCCUAGGAGACUCUGACUAUCCCUUGCAGAACUGGCUCUUAAAAUCAUUCCCUGACACUGGACGGCUGACAGCAGAACAGCAGGUCUACAACAUGAAAAUCUGCAGAGCACGUGUAGUGGUUAAAAAUGCUUUUGAUAGAUUAAAAGGAAGAUGGAGUUGCCUUAUGAAAAGAAAUGACUGUGAUGUCAAACUGGUGAAAUCUAUGGUGCUGACAUGCUGUGCUCUACAUAACCUUUGUGAGAGUCAUGGAGAGGCCUAUGAGAAUGAAUGGGAUUCACCUUCAGCAGCAGAGCCUGUGGUGGCACUGGCACAGGCUGUAGAGGAGGAGGGCAGGGAUGUACGUGAGGGUCUGAUGCGUUACUUGAAUAGCUAAAUAUUCAUGUAGUCUGUCCUGUCAAGUGUCUUGAUCAUGAAUAAACGUUUGUUUUUUGUUUUUUUGCAUUUUUAUCAAACAGGUUUUUAUCAUUUGGUACAUUACAUGCACAUGAAAUAUGAAAUCAUUAAGUACACAUGUUUGACCAGUGAAUUUUUUUUUUAUUGAACAAAAUAUACAUAAGACACAUAAAUACAAAGAUUUCAAUGUUAAAAUGUUUAUACAACAAAUGUAGAAUAUGCAAAUGUACAUAGUGCAAAACAAAAAUAUUUGCAUUAAGGCAUGUAAGGCGGGGGGUCUAGUCCAGGGGCAGAGAGUCCUGUUCUCGCCGGCCACUCAUUGCCUGCACAAGCUUCCCCAUGAUGCUGAGGAAGGCUUGAUUGAAUGCAGCCGUUUGGGCAUUCUCCUCCGUCCUCAAGCCUGCUUCAAGCUCCCUCGCUUGCCGGGCAUCAUCAAUGGCCAUCUGCAAACUGUGCUCCCUCUGUGCCCGGUUCAGCUCCUGCUGUUGAAUGUCAGCUGCAAGCAUCUCUCUUAGGACAGAAAGAUGCUCAUGUUGGUGCAGGCUCCGUUUCCUCUUGCCUGAACAAAAAUUAAGAAAAAGUUGAAAUGGGAGGUGGUUAACUGGGUUUUUUUUUAUUUUAUUUUUUACAUUAACUAGUGGUUGUUACUGUGACAAACAAUUGUUGUGACUACAAUACAGCUAACUUGAUCACAUAUCAAUCCAUUUAUGAAAGAACUGUCAAUUAACAUCCCUUAAAUGAUCUACAGUUUGAACUAAUCACAAAGUUGCAGUAGCUAGAAAUAAUGUAUUUAUGGUGGAAUUCAUGAUAUAUCCUAUAUUAUUACAGGCAUUCAAAUGGUCAUGAGUCAAGCAUUAGGUAAGCUUAACCUAAAAAUAUGAUUUGUAGCUGUGAGUGUUAGCCAUAUUUCAUACCUGUGACCACAGGCUCCAGUGUCAUGCUGGUGCUGGAGGUUGGUGGUGUUGGAGGCCGUGCUGGUGUUGACUCUGCAAGCACCGACGUGAAACUUGAGGCGUCAUUACAAGAAGAAGGGGCUCUUAUUAAAGAACCCUGAUCACUCAAGAAAUCUGAAACAAAGUUUGUACAAUUUGCUUGUAUUGCACAAAUUAUUGCGAAACAAACUAGCAACAACAACUCAAGAAAGUUACUGACCAUUUACAAUAAAACGACCG